AUGGAAUUCUAUCGUGAUGCUACAUGGGUGCUAGAGUAUAUUGAAGAUCAAUUAAGCAAGAAUGAAAAGGUUGCUGGCUCUUUACAGGCCAUAGUUGUUCAAAGCUGUAAAAAAUACAAACUUAAAACUAAUCCUAAGCAUAUAUAUGCUAUUAUCUCCUCUUAUUUAAAGGUGAAGGAGCAUUUGGAUUUGUUAAUUAACAAAAGUGGUAUUUUAAAAGAUAUUCCUGUCAAGAAAGGUAAACCUGUGUAUGUGAAAGGUACCAUUACACUUCUGGUUUAUGAUCUUUUAUUAUCCAAAAGAAAGAGGAUCCAAAUGGGAAAGCAUCCUAUUAAGUCAUUCGUUCUGAAGCACCAGGUUAGGUUGAAGGGUGAACUUGGGAAGCUACUUGUUAAAAGGAAAGUUAGGAGUCUGUCUGAGCUUUCCAGUGGGUUUAAUGAAGAUGAGAAACCUGUAUGCUGGAUACGAAUCAAUGGCAUUCGCUGUAAAGGAGACUACGAAAGUGUUAUUCAGGAAUUAGAAAAGAAAUUUCCGAACAGAGUGGACCAUUGGAAGGACAUAACGUCCGGUAGCAUAUAUAAGGAUGAGUAUGUGCCAAAUCUAUAUGGUGUUCAUGUCUCUGAUAAAAUUACUUCACACGAGUUGUAUAAGCGGGGCAAAAUUAUCAUCCAGGAUAGGGCUUCGUGCUUUCCAGUCCAUAUUCUGAACCCCAAUCCUUCUGAUGUUAUCAUCGAUGCAUGUUCCGCGCCAGGUAAUAAGACCACCCAUGCAGCGUCCUACAUGUAUUCUGGAGAGGAUUUUACGAGUAUUAAGAUCCACGCAUUUGAAAGAAACCCGGAGCGUGCUGCCACUUUGCGCAAAAUGAUCCAGACUGCCGGUUGUGAAAAGGGUGUUGAAGUGCAUCUCGGGGACUUUACCAAGCUUGGAGUUCCCAGUCACUUUCCUGAAGUUACUGGUUUUAUUGUAGAUCCAAGUUGCUCCGGUAGUGGCAUUUUUGGACGCCAACUUAUGGAUCAAGUGAAUAGAUCCACACCAGCUGCUUCGACCACCUCAAGUGGCGAUGUUGAUGCCCCUGAUGAACAGGAAACAUAUGAAGAAGAUCUUGAGAAGACAACACUCAAGAAUAGAUUGGCGAAGCUUUCUUCGUUCCAAUUUGAAAUCGUGAAGCAUGCGAUGAGCUUUCCAAAUGCAAAGAAGCUUGUUUAUAGCACGUGUUCUAUCCAUGCAGAAGAAAACGAAAGGGUUGUUAUUGAUUUACUAACAGACAAUAAGGUUAACCAAUACGGAUGGCGGGUGGCCUCCAUGGACAAAGUUAUCCCCACCUGGCCUAGGCGUGGGUUUGCUUCUGAAUUCGAAGAAAUUUACCCUCCAGAAGAAGCGCAGCGCUUGGCCAAUGGAUGCAUAAGAGCAAUGCCCAGGGAAGACGGUGGUAUUGGCUUCUUUGCAGUGUGUUUUGAGCGUGAUUAG